AUGUCAAAAGUUCGUAAAGCUAUUCUUAAUUAUGUCGAUGUCAUUGCGUCAGGAUCUGUUACUACUUCUAAGGAUUAUGAAAAGAAUGGAGAGGCUUCUAUGAGUAAUAAUCCACCUGCUUAUAAUAACGACAAUUUGGAUGAAACUAGCUCUUCUGCUCCGGAUUAUAAAGAAAAGGAUACCAACUUAGUUCGUAGAUGGAAUAAUGAUGGAAAAUCUACACCAACUAAACGGGUGAAAUUAUAA